GCCCGCCCGCCAUGGGCCCUCCGUGCCGCCGCCUCUGCUUGCUCCUGGGGCUGCUGCUCUUGCAGGUCUCAUCGGGGCUAUGUCAGGAACCCCAACCCUGUCAUCCCGGCUUCAGCGCCCAGAACUACACCUUCCCCGUGCCUCGGCGGCAACUGGAGAGAAGCCGCGUCCUGGGCAGAGUGAGCUUUGAAGGAUGCACUGGUCAGCCGAGGACAGUCUUCAACUCUGCAGACACCCGGUUCAGAGUGAACACCAACGGUGUGGUGACUGUUAAGCGGCCUGUGCAGCUGUAUGACUCGGAGCUGAGCUUCUUCGUCCAAGCCUGGGACUCCAGCCUCCACAAGCACUCGACCAAAGUCACCCUGAAAUACACUGCUCGCCAGCGCCGUCACCACCACCACCACCACCACCACCACCACCGCCGCCACAAUCACGUCCAUCAUGAUUCUCUCUCUGGAGCCCAGCCAGAAGUGCUCACUUUCCCCAGCUCCCGCCAAGGUCUCCGAAGGCAGAAGAGAGACUGGGUCAUCCCUCCCAUCAGCUGCUCGGAGAACGAGAGAGGCCCAUUUCCUAAAAGACUGGUGCAGAUCAAAUCCAACAAGGAUAAAGAGAUCACAGUUUUCUACAGCAUCACUGGCCAUGGAGCAGACAUGCCCCCUGUCGGUGUGUUUAUCAUCGAACGAGAGACAGGAUGGCUGAAGGUGACCCAGCCCCUGGACCGAGAGGAAAUCGCCAUGUACACUCUCCUCUCUCAUGCCGUGUCUUCCAAUGGGCACGCCAUUGAGGACCCCAUGGAGAUCUUGAUCAGGGUCACGGAUCAGAACGAUAACAGGCCCGAGUUCACCCAGCAGGUCUUCGAGGGGUUCGUCGUCGAAGGGGCACUUCCAGGAACCUCUGUUAUGGAGAUCUCGGCCACGGAUGCUGAUGACAAUGAGAACACCUACAAUGCUGCCAUCGGGUACAGCAUCCUCAGCCAGGAUCCCCCACUGCCCCAGCCCAAUAUGUUCUCCGUCGACAAUUCCUCGGGCAUCAUCAGAGUGAUCACUCCUGGACUGGACCGAGAGAGUAUCUCUACUUAUACGCUGGUGGUUCAGGCUGCUGAUUUGCUAGGUGAAGGUUUAAGUACAACAGCAACAGCUGUGAUCACGAUCCUGGACAGCAAUGACAACGCACCUAUUUUCGACCCCACCACGUAUGAGGGGACAGUGCCUGAGAACAAAAAGGAUGCCCUCGUCGCUACCCUCACAGUGAUUGACGCCGAUGUCCCCAACACCCCAGCGUGGCUGGCCAUGUACACCAUAACAAAUGAUAACGAAGGUCAGUUUGUCAUCACCACGGACCCCGUCACCAAUGAUGGCAUUCUGAAAACAGCUAAGGGCUUGGAUUAUGAGGCCAAGCGGGAAUACACCCUACUCGUGGCGGUGACAAAUGAAGCCCCCUUUGAGGUCCAGCUGCCUACCUCCACAGCCACCGUUAUUGUGACCGUGGAAGACGUAAAUGAGGCUCCAGUCUUUGUGCCUCCUGAAAAUACAGUGAAAGUGCCUGAAGACAUAGCUGUGGGCCGGGAAAUCACAUCUUACACGGCUAAGGAUCCAGACACCUACAUGGAGCAGAAGUUAACGUAUCGGAUUUGGAGGGACCCUGCUGGUUGGCUGGAGAUUAACCCCGACACUGGUGUCAUUUCUACUCGGGCAGAGCUGGACAGAGAGAACACAGAUUAUGUGGUGAACAGCACCUACACGGCCCUUAUCUUAGCCACGGACAAUGGUUCUCCAGUUGGUACAGGAACAGGGACCCUUCUCCUCUUCCUCAUUGAUGUCAAUGACAAUGCCCCUGAACCAUACCCCCGCAAUCUGGACUUCUGCCAGAGGGACCCACAGCCACAGGUCAUCAACAUCAUUGAUCGUGAUCUGCCACCUAACACUUCACCCUUCAUGGCUGAACUCACCCACGGGGCAAGUGUCAACUGGACCAUCGAGUACAGUGACCCAGCCCAUGAAUCCAUUGUUAUGAAGCCCAAGAAACCCAUGGAGUUGGGUGAAUACAAAAUCAACCUCAAGCUUACAGAUAACCAGAACAAAGACCAGGUGACCACGCUGGAGGUGCUCGUGUGUGACUGUGAAGGGACUAUCAGCAACUGUAAGCGCUCAAGCCAGUUAGCCGCGGCUGGGCUCACGGUUCCUGCCAUCCUGGGGAUCCUUGGAGGAAUCCUCGCUUUGUUAAUUCUGUUGCUGUUGCUGCUGCUGUUUUUGCGGAGGAGAACAGUAGUCAAAGAGCCUUUACUGCCCCCUGAAGAUGACACUCGGGACAACGUUUAUUACUACGAUGAAGAAGGCGGUGGAGAAGAGGACCAGGACUUCGAUUUGAGCCAGUUGCACAGAGGCCUGGAUGCUCGGCCUGAAGUGACUCGCAAUGAUGUGGCACCAACCCUCCUGACCAUGCCCCAGUAUCGGCCCCGACCUGCUAAUCCAGAUGAAAUUGGAAACUUUAUUGAUGAAAACCUGAAGGCGGCUGACACUGACCCCACUGCUCCCCCUUACGACUCCCUGCUUGUGUUCGACUAUGAGGGUAGCGGCUCCGAAGCUGCCAGCCUGAGCUCCCUGAACUCCUCCGAAUCAGACCAGGACCAGGACUACGACUACCUGAAUGAGUGGGGCAACCGCUUUAAGAAACUGGCCGACAUGUAUGGAGGUGGGGAGGACGACUAGGGGAGGCUGUAGAGCCCCCAGAGCUGCCUGUAAAGGUCCAAGAACUUCAGGGGUUCUUGACUUUGCCCACCUGACCUCCUGUGGUGAGGGCAGAAGAGAGAUUGG